AUGAAGCUUGACGCUGGGAAGCUUCCUCCCCUAUCUCUCUCUGCAUCUCUCUUAGCUGCAUCUCGAAAUCAGCUUCCGUUCGAUCUUGAAAAUCCCAUCAUUCUACAUCCACCUUUACCACUCAGAAUGGCUCCUGCCCAAAUGUCACAGUCAUCCAGAGCAGUCCUUGUAGUCGGUGGAUGCGGUUUCCUCGGCCACCAUAUUGUCAAGUCCCUCCUCGAGAAGAAGAAUACUCUCUCACACCACCCCGAGAUCUCCGUCAUUGACAUCAACACCGAUCGAAAUCGCUAUGAUGGGGUUAUGUACCACACAUGCGACAUAACCUCGCUUGCCCAAGUUCGACACGUCAUCUUAAAUGUGGAUGGGACGGCAAAUUUGUUGGAGUGUGCCAAGGAGGAAAGCUCGGUUGAGGUCUUUAUUUACACGUCCUCGGCUACGAUCUUGAGGCGAAAAGAGUCGUAUAUGGCAACGGAGGAUGCGACAAGUUCCGAAGUCCAGAUGAGUAUCAGCAGAUUUGAUCCUUAUUCUGGUACGAAAGGCAUUGCUGAUACUAUGGUUCUCCUAGCAAACAGUCGAGAACCUAGCAAUGAAGGUGGUCUACGCACCUGCUGUCUUCGAAUUGGAGGCAUGUACGGAGCUGGGGAUAUGACGCUCGUGUGGCAGAUUUUCGAGGCUCUCCGACUUGGUCAGCAUCACUACCAAAUUGGAAAUGGCACUAAACGCGCAGACUUCCUCGCUGUCGAGAAUACAGCACACGCUCACAUCCUUGCCAUGAGCGCUCUACUCACUGGCAUCGCCAACCCCGAUGCACCUAAAGUCGAUGGGGAGGGGUUCUUCAUCACGGACGACAACCCAAUGUCCUAUUGGGAGUUGCGGAGAAAAUUGUGGGUCUACGCUGGUUACAAUCAAAAAGUCGAAGACUCCAAGGUCGUCCCUGCUUCCAUCUUGAUGGCUGUUGCGUUCGUUCUCGAGUGGGUUUAUUUCAUCUUCUCGUUUGGAUUCAAGCAGCCACAGCUUUUGAGGAGACGAAAACUGGAGUGGGUGUGCUUGAAUCGAACUUUCGAUCCCACAAAGGCGAAGGAGAGACUUGGGUAUGUCCCGAAAGUGUUGACAGAUGAUGCAAUGAAGUCGGCUGCUGAGUGGGCUCUGGGAUAUCAGGCUGAGCUAGGGCUCUUGGUCGAGAAAAAGAGCUUGUGA